UUGAUAUUCACUAGAAUAACUUCAGUCCUAGUCUCUUAACUUCCAACGAACCACUAGUAUUAAACUUUGUGUCAAAUUUAUGCACUUCUAAUUUUGUUUCUGUCUUAUCAUUCUUAUGGAUAAUUCUACUCAAGAAUUGGCGCAACAAACCAAAGGAACCAAAGAAGAUGAUACAAGAUCAAAUAAAAAGGACAACAUACACUUGAUGCCAAAGCUCAAACACUACAAUAAGUGGCUUCGUAUCAUAACUUACAUCCUAUUUCUCCUAGUUGGCCAAACAACAGGCAUUCUCUUAGGAAGACUUUACUUUGACAAAGGUGGAAACAGUAAAUGGAUGGCAACCUUUGUACAAACAGCCGGUUUUCCCAUCCUCAUUCCCCUUACAUUGCUCUUCCCCUCCUCACCAACCGGUCUUCGCCCUCCGGUUUACAAGCUCACCCUUCUCUACUUCAUUUACGGCCUCUUCGUAGCUGCCGAUAACUUGAUGUAUUCCUAUGGACUACAAUACUUACCCGUCUCUACGUACUCGUUGUUGUGUGCCUCCCAACUAGCCUUCAACGCGGUCACUUCCUUCUUCAUCAACGCGCAGAAGUUCACCGCCCUUGUGCUUAACUCGAUUGUGAUCCUCACCAUCUCCGCGUGUCUAAUAGCUACCAAUGCAGGUAAUGAUGCUAGCGCGGGGAGUAAUGUUGCGCCAGGGAAAUUUACCUUAGGUUUCUUAUGCGCGGUUGGUGCAUCCGCGACACUGGCUUUGUUAGUGUCCGUAGCACAAUACUCUUUUGAGAAGGUGUUUAAGGACAACUCCUUUAACACCGUGGUAUGUAUGCAACUUUACCCUUAUGCUGUAGCGACUUGUGUUUGUGUAAUAAGGCUCUUUGGUAGCGGGGAAUGGCGAACCUUGAAGGAGGAAAUGAGAGAUUACAAGAAGGGAAGGGUGCCCUAUGUAAUGGUAUUGGUUUCAACUGCUAUUAGUUGGCAACUUUCUGCAUUGGGAUUGUUUGGGCUAAUUUUCGAGGUUUCUUCCCUUUUCUCUAAUGUGAUUGCCACCUUGAGUUUGCCCUUGGUUCCGAUUUUGGCGGUUGUGUUCUUCCAUGAUAAGAUGAAUGGUGUGAAGGUGAUAGCUUUGAUUCUUGCUAUGUGGGGAUUCCUUUCUUAUAUUUAUCAGCAUUACUUGGAUAAUGUUGAAGCUACGGCAAAAAAGGCGAAAAAAGAAAAUGGGAAUGAAAUUAUAGGUUCUAGCACAGAAAUGUGUUGAUAGAGGAACAUAUAUAUUGUAUGACAAACUAUAUAUUGUACUUCACAUUUGUUACUCUAUAGUACUACUACUAUCUCAUUUCAUCACACAAAAAAUUGCUAUUAUCAAUGUCUACACUGAACAACACAAGUUGGUGGAGUUGGUGGGAAGCUCACCUAGUGACUUGGGUCGAAUCUCAUCAGCUGCAAAAUGCUUGGAAGUGGCUCAAGCGUAAACCAACAGCAUACCCUGAGAGUUAAAAUUGAACCUAAUGUA